AUGAUUCAUACAAGAAUUCCAAUUCAUAAGGGAGUCCAAUUCCGAAGGGAAUUCAAUUCAAAAGGGAGUUCCAUUCAAAAGGGAGUUCAAUUCAGAAGGGGGUUUCAAAGGAAUGCUCCACAAGUGGCCAAGGUAGGAGCACCAAAUAAGGAUAAUGAAUCGAUAGAAGGGGAUAUGAUCACCUUGAUGACAUCUGCAAUAUGUACACAAAUAUUUAUUUUGCUAUCACAUCGCUUGUGUUAUCCAUUUGAAACUGACUCCGGUGAGUAAUUAGUAGAACAUUAUGAAGUACGUUUACGCCUUGAACCCGAUGCAGAAAGAUAUUCCCAUUGGUAACUUCAUGUGAGAAUCACAUCCAUGCGGCUGUAGUUGUGGUAUCUUCAAGGUAGACAGAAUCCCCCUCAUACACAACCGCCAUUGGCGGGACACACUGUAGGCGAGUCCUGGGGAAUGGAUCUUGGCGUACAUGAUCAUAGAUCUGGACCCGGAUAAGGUGCCCCCAUUAGUAUUAAGCCCUGUAGGUGCCAGUACACCAACAGAAAAAAUAAAGAUCGGAAGAGUUGCCGGAUUGGAAAAAGUUGGAAUUUAAUUAUUUAAUUUUUUUUUUUUUUGAUUGUGCCGCGUUGUGUACAUAAGUUCGUAUUGAUUUGUAAACGCGGGAUAAUUGGAAUUUGGUAGUACACAUUUUGUAGAUAAAUAUAUCUAGACAGCUACGAGAGGGCAUUGAAACAGGCUCAUUGUACGGUCGAUUGCAUAGCAAUGCUGGAACUUCACACCCAUGGGAAGCAGGAUGUGUACAUGGAGGAGUCGAUACAAGCCAUGGAAGGUGAGACUGAUAGCAGGAAGUAUCUAUUAGAACAGCAAACACCCCCGCAACAUUCCUUGCAACAGGGCAUUCCAUUGACACUUCAAGACCAUAAACCUCAUCAUCUUCUGCAACAGCAGUACCAACCCCCACAGUUUGCGAAUUACCAGCAGAUGCUGAACGCCCAUAGUCUGGAUUAUUUCCAACCACCGCCGCAAUCUUUGCAACUACAACAACAUGGACCCCAAUCCCAGUCCCAGCCCCAACAGUACCACCAUCAACAGCCACACCACGAGGCACCGCUGGAGCCGCAAUUGGGCCAGGGGCAGAUGUUCCCACAACCUCACCAUCAAUUUCAGCAGCAUCAACUUGAACAAAUGCAACCAUUGGAUCCUCAACAACAACAACAACAACAACAACAACAACAACAACAACAACAACAACAACAACAACACCAUCCGUAUCUUCAACAAUCUCAACAGCCGACCUUCAAUCAUAUGGCAGACCCCAACCCGAUGUUCCAGCACUCCAUGGUACCGCAGUUCAACCAACAACAAACUGCACUUGCCCCGCCAGAAUUCACCGAUAAUUCAUUGGCACAAACAUGGAAUUCAAUUCCGAUGACACAACCUCAAUUCCCCAAUGUAGAUGCAACACACCCGGUUAUUAUGGGGGCGCCACCUCUCAAUGCACCCGGAUGGAUGGCACCAAUGGGCCAAUUCCCCAUGGAUAUGCCAACAUUUCAACAACAACAACAACAACAACAACAACAACAACAACAGCAACAGCAUCAACCGGUAGUGACGGACGGAUCUGAUAUGAACUCGUCAUUUGGCGAUUUCCAGCCACAUCUUGGGAUAUCUAAUAUGAACAGUGUACCGCCAUAUUAUCGGAGCAUUUCACAACCUUCUAUUCAAAGGGAAGAUAGACCAAAUCACGAACAAUUACUGAUAGUUGUGAAUGAUGGAGAAUAUCAAAGAGGACAUAUACCAUUAACUAUGGGCGACCCAACAAUAAAUCUGGCUCAAACACAAGCCAAUCUGCAUAUCCCUGAAGAUACUCUAUCUCAAGGAACAAAACGGUUACAACCAACAAAUAAAGAUAUGAUUGUUCCAACUCAGGGGAAUCAACAAGCUCAGCAACACCAACCCAUUAAAUUGGUUAGUAAUGUCAUGGCAAUGUCCAUGUAUCAACAACUUCCUCCGGUCCCCUCGAAAAUUACUUCGAUUCAAAUACCGAAAACUCUUCGUACUGGUUCGAUAUCAGUGGGAGGAGGAGUCGGGGGAUCAGGUGGUCUGUCAUAUUUCAAGCCAGUGAGAACAAAGCGAAACUCCAAGCCUAGAAUUCAUAAGAUUUUAGACGGACAUACUGUCCAUAGUCAAAGCAAUAAAAACGUAAAGAACUCAUCUAGAGUGAAGCAUGUUAUUGGAGAGUAUUCGUUGGAUGAACUCUACGCCCAUAUGAUUGACGCAAUGGAUAUUAAGAAGACUCGCCAGGCGAAACAGACCGAUGAUGAUGAUGAUGAUGAUGAUGAUGACAUAAUCAUGGGGAAUGAACAUUACAUGGAUAUUGAGAAAGAUGAAGACGAAUUCCCUAAUCCAUUAGCAUAUGUACUUACUUCGGAUACUAUGAAAUGUAGAAUGUUUGAUUUGUUUACUCGUUUCAUUGCACAAGCGUUCGAUGUGUUGUUACCAUUAGAUGCAUUUCAAAUCAUUAUCCCAGACAUUGCCAUACAUGAUGAAACAAAUAUGAUUCUGAAUUCUUUAUUUUGCUUAUCGGCAAUGAUAUUUCAAAGAAAUAAUCUUAUUGACAAAUCACUCCCAAUCAAACAUUACCAUGAAGCAAUUAAGGCCAUUGGACAAUAUUUAGGUGAUGGUGAGGGAACUAAUGGGAUGAUGAAUCGAUGUUUGAUCGCUACAAUCUUUCUCUGUGUGUUUGAAAGUUCGUUUGAUGCCUUGGAAAGUGCACAUAUUAAGGGAGCUACCAGUAUCUUGGUAACAUUAAUGAGUCAGAAUGAAAAUGAAAAAAGUUUAUUGAAAUCAUCACCCUUCCAUGAAAUAUGCUUUUGGGCCAUUCAUUAUAAUGAUUUAUUACAAUCGAUGAAGACUGAUACCCCACAUAUGUAUUCCUUUGAACAUUUCUGGAAACCUCUAGACCCUGGAUAUGUUGAACAAUUUGAAACACUCCCACCUCCUCCACCACCCAUGACAUCUCCAUACGAUGGAUUCACGGAUUUUGUUAGUAAAGAAACAAUGAUCUGGUGGAUCCGGAAAUCAUAUUAUGAUUUUGCAAAAGUUUAUGAUUUUAAAUUUGCAAUCAAUGUUGAAACUUUUGAAGAUUUUAACAAUAAGAAAUCAUUUCAUAAAUGGAUUUCAUUGAAGAAAUAUAUUGAUGAUUACGAGGCAAGUUUACCAAUAGCAUUUAAACCUACAUUUUAUUCACCCUCUUCAUCGCCCAAGAGGUUGUUUCCAACUCUUUUCUUUAGAGAUGAAUUGGUUGCAAUGAUGACUGCAGUGUAUAAAAUGUCGAGGAUCUUACUAUAUGAUUCAUUAAUGCAUCGGUUGGAUGGGAAAGAUCCAAAAGUGGCAAGAGAGAUAGAAAAAUAUCCACCUGGAUACGCGAAAAAACUUGCUAAAGACGUUAUAGGUAUAGCUAUAACAUACAAAAAUAACGUAUUAACCUGGCCCGGGAAUAUUCAUAUCAUUGAUCAGGUUGCAAAACAUUUGCAAGAUAGUGAGGAAUGUUUAGCCAAGUUACAAGAAAUUAUACAACAGAUCAUGCAGGAACAUCACCUCCGGGUAAGUCGAUGUAUGUACGUUGUAUGAAAAAGAAUUCAAGGGUUAUAGUAGUAAAUAUGUGUAUCUUAUUAACGUAAUACAUGAAAUA